AUGAACUUUGAUGAUCAACGAACAGUUCGAAUCCUUGUGAUUUCGUUAUUGAUAUUUUUUUUAAUAAUUACAUUUAUUGUUCCCUGUCAUGGUUGGCAUAAAACAUUAACAUUUAUUCAACAAUCAUCCUAUGAAUCAAAUUCUUAUAAUCAAAAUCAUAAGAUUAUAUCUAAUAUGAAAUUUUUUAUGUGGUAUAAUACUUAUGCUAUUUAUGGUACACGUGAAAUGCUUAUUUUAUUAAAGCCUGAUUCAAAUAAUUCAAUUAUUGAAAUAUUUUCUUACAAUUGGCCUAUUGAUCAAAUAACAAUGGAUGAAUGUCUUCAAGAAUGGAAUACAAAAGAUAAAUGUUACAAUGAUGUUGUACAUGUUCGAAUUUUAUCUGAUAAUACUAAGAUGAAUGUUUAUUGUACAUAUGCACAUCGACCAAUGGUACGAACAUUUGAUUUACAGUCAAUGUCAUUUAUUAAUGAACAUAUUCUUAUACGUGAUCCACAUCCUCCAAUGGAUUCUGAAAGUUCUUAUGUUAUGUUAAAUUUUAAUACAAAUAUAAUAACAGCUGGUUAUCAAGGUGAUUAUAUACCAACAAUACGUGCUACUCAAGGAAAAACAUUACUUUACGCUUUAAGACAAAAUUCUUAUUUUAUUGGUGGAUUUAAAUAUGAUGGAAAAGCAGUUUUUGGAGUUAUUGAAACUUCUGAACGAAUUGAAACAAAUCGUGUAUCUCGAUUAGUAAUGGCUUGUGCUAAUCGAACUGAAAUUGUACGUAAAGCAAUUCUCAAUUGUUCAACUGAUAUGUUUGAUCAAUCACGUUCAUUUGUCUUUCAUAUUUUAACUGCUCUAGUCGAUCCAAUUCAUAUGUCGAAUGGUUCAACAUUACUUUUUGCAACAUUUACUACGAAUAAUUCAUCUAUUACAGCUUCAGCUGUAUGUUUAUUUAUGCUUGAUAAACAAUUUUAUCAUGUAUUUACUGCUCCAUCAAAACAAACUAAUAGAAGAACAUUAAUAAUUAAUAAUGAAUUAAAUGAUUUAAUUAAAAAUUGUAGUCAAACAAUUUCAUCAACAAUUCAUCGUGAUAUGGUAGAAUCAGAACGGCAAUUUCAAUCUUAUUUAUCUAAUCCAUUAUUAAUGGAGACAAUGUCACCACAUAUAUUUACAGCGAUUAAUGUUAUACAAUAUGAUAUUGAUCAUUAUUGUUUGAUUAUUGGCACAAGUAAUGGUCGUUUAUUAACAGCAUUUACUGAUAGAACAUUUAAAACAAAUGUAUUUGAAGAAUUAACAUUACCAAUAAAUAUGCGUUAUUCAAUUAAAUCAAUUGCUUAUCAAAAAACUGAUGAUAAUUCUUAUGUGAUUAUUAUAACAAAUCAUUUAGGAUAUUUGGUUAUUAAAUUAAUUCAAUGUAAUGAAAAACUUUGUUUUGUAUGUUGGACAAAAGAUUGUUUAAUACGAAAAAAAUUACCCAUGGAUACAAUGGUUCGACAUCAUUGCUCAUCAGCUGAUAGUAUUCGUUCAAUAUCAAUUAAUGAUACAGAAAUAGAUAUUAAUAAUUAUUCUUUACCGAAUGAUUGGUCAUUGUCAAGUCCAGUUUCAGAUGAACAGUUCAAUAAUAAACUUUUAUUAUUUUAUAUUAUUACACCAAUGUCAUUAGUUGUUUUUAUUCUCUCAGUAUCAAUUAUUAUUUUAUUAACAAAAACAAAUCAUAAACAAAAACAAAUUCAUUAUAAACAUCAUCCUAAAACAAAAUAUUUAUCAUCAAUUAUUCCUCGAACUGAUUCAAAUACAUAUACAGAUGAUAUUUUAUAUAAAACAAAUAAUAAAAAAUUAUUUGUUGAAAAAAAGAAUUCAUUAAAUCUUUUUCCUAUUAAAUCUGAAUUAUCUAUACGUUCAACUCCAUAUCCUAUUUAUUCAUCAUCAUCAUAUAGUUUACCUUCAUUAGUAUUAUCUUCACCAUCUCCACCACCACCUUUUAUCCCUCCAGCUACACCACAAUUUCUUUCAGUUCAUCGUUUAUAUAAAAGUUAUGUUUAA